AUGAUGAAUAAUUUGAGAAAUAGAGUUUCCAAUCCAGGAACUGAGGGAUAUAAAGAUACAAGGGUCAAUAUUAAUGCCAAUAUUAAUCAAGAAUUAUUGGCUGAACAGAAACAAGAGAUUUAUGAAGCAUUUAAUUUAUUUGAUAUGAAUAAUGAUGGAUAUUUAGAUUAUCAUGAAUUAAAAGUAGCAUUAAGAGCAUUGGGUUUUACAUUAGAUAAUAAAUCAGUAAUUGAAAUUAUUGACAAAUACGACAGUUCUGGUAACAGAUUAAUAUCGUAUGAUGACUUUUUUAUAGUAUCUGGUGAAAUGAUAAUGGAUCGUGAUCCAAUGGAUGAAAUUAAAAGGGCAUUCAAACUAUUUGAUGAAGAUAAUACAGGUAAAAUAUCUUUAAAGAAUCUGAAAAAAGUUGCACAAGAAUUGGGUGAAAAUCUGACAGAUCAGGAGUUAAGAGCUAUGAUUGAUGAGUUUGAUCUUGAUGGAGAUGGAGAAAUCAAUGAAGAUGAAUUCAUUCGUAUAUGUACUGAUAAUUAG